GGCGGGUGCACAGCGGGGAGCAGGUAGGGAGGACAUGCGGUUAAGAGGAGCGGGGCGCUGCUGGUAGAAGGGUAAUCUUCCGAAUCUGUUGAUGCUGGUGGUACGGCGGCAUGCGCGGUGCCCUUCUUCGAACCACCACCACCCCCACCUGUACCACCCUCAUCCUCAUGUAUCUGGCAGCUGCCGCUGCUGCGGGUUUCCCACUACCACCUCCAACGACGAUGUUCGUUCCGAUUGCUGCCUCCACGAUCCGGUCCUUCGCUUGCGGGUGCGGAGAGGCGGCUGCUGCAGGGUGGUAGCGCGCAUCAUCGUUCAACGCGAAACUCACCGAGCGACGACGGUAACGACGACUACGAGCGAGAGCAGCGACUACUGCGACCACAGCGCAGGGUUUUGCGGAUCAACCAGCAGCAGGCCAUAUUCCGAGAACCGAGGACCGCUUUCGAGGGAUCGAUCCGGAGUGUUCUUGUUGUUAUUUUUGUUUGUGUGUGGUGUGCUUGUUGGUGCUUAGACCGUGCCUAGAGACCGGAAAAGGGAACCGGAUUUCGCCGUCGCUACCGCUGCCGUCAGCCUUCGGAAUCGGAUACCCCGAGUCGGACAACGACGACAACCACGACUGCGACGACUGGUGCGUGUGUAUUGGUGCGCGGAUCUCUACCCCCUGCCCUGCCAUCUGCGCGUCGUGCCCGCAUCCGUCGUCGUCGCCUCUCCCGUUUGACCGCGUACGCCCACCUCCUCGGCAUCUUUUCUGCUGCUACCGCCGAACAGGCGGACGAACGGCCGGGUGGGGUCGGUGUAGAUACGGAUUUCGCCCCGAGGUGCGACGGUUGUUCGAAGCGAAUCCCGGGUUCACGGCACCAAGUGCGCUGCUCGGUCGAGUAUUCAGUGUUGUGUUGGGCUCAUCGUCACGUACUCCGAGAGUGAGACCGGAUGUAACACGGCCGCCAUUACUGUCGGAUUGUCGGUCGGAUGGUUGGUUGGUUGGUUGGUUGGUUGCUCGUCUUGCUCCGCUACCGCGUGCGUCACCCAGAGCUGGCGCUGAAGGACAGUAUUCAACAUCAUCAUUUUCGUCAUUACGCACCGCACCGAGUCGUAGCAAGCGCGUCGGAGGUACAGCAAUUUAAUCUUUUCUCGUGUGUCUCGUGGUCAUCCGGACGGGAUCCCGAUUGUGUGUCGUAAGCAAAAGUGUCGGGGAAUUGGACCUGGUGCUCCUGGCCCGUAUCACCGCUCACCGUAUCGGUCGGAAAGGGCGCAGAUUGUGGUUCGCUAUCAUCGACCACGGCUUGCUGCGGUGGUCGUAAUCAAAACGCGGGAACAACAGAGGACCACAGUAGACGGUGGGAUUAUUUGUUGGUGGUAACAACGGUGGUGGACAAGCAAGCAAGCUAGCAAGAGCGAAAGCAAGAUUAUCGGAACGACAACGACGACCACGACGGAGAAGACCGUCCAUCGGUCGGUCGGUUGGUCGGUGCGUGGUGCGUAGCCCGUUUCGCGAGUGCUUCUACCGUACGUGUGCGCGAGACAGAGAUAGAGCGAACACGACGGCGACACGGUGUGUUCCGCCCCGCGGGCUCACCGCUUGCUUGGGUGGAAAAGAAACAGGACAAGCAGCAGCAGCAGCAACGGUGGCGUGAAGCAGGUUCGAAGCGCGGUGUGCGUAACGCGAGGAGCCCCUGCUCCACCGGAUCUCGGGCAAUCGCUCGUCGGGAACGAGUUGCUGGGGGUGGGUGGGUGGUGUGGUGUGGUGCAUCAGGCAAACGGAGGGGGCGCAUACAGGUUCGCAGCGUCGAGCGAGCGAACGAGCGAGCGGCAACGACGACGACGACGACGGCGACGGCGACGUGUGCUGCAAGGCUAUACAGCAGCUGCAGCAGCCGCGCAAUCGUGAGUUGAGGCGUAACAGCCGCCGACAGACAGAGCGCGAACCACGUACACGGAUCCCGUCGAGCCGAGUCAAGUUGAGUAUCGACCGGUGGCGGAGAGUCGUGAAGAGACCAAGUGGCACAGAGGAGGAGUAGGCAACCGACCACACAGCAGCAGCAGCAGCAGCAGCAGCAGCAGCAGCAAUAUGAUGAGCCAAGCAUCUAGUAGCCGUAGCGGCAGAGACGGGAGCAUGGAGCUGAAAACGGAACGCAAAGAUAAUGGUAUGGAAGAGGCCGAAGUGGAGGAUGAUGCUGAUGCUGUCAAGGAGGAGGAGGAAGUCGAGGGUCACACGACCACAAACGCCCACCUCGAUGCGGGCAACUCGUCGGAUCUGGAGAUAGUCGUCGGUAUCGACGAGGAUCACAUCAAGUUCCUCACCAGUAUGCAUUCGGGCGACGAGGAACCACCUCACAAUGGACACCAUCCCGAUGGUGCUGGUACGUUGCGGAUGGCAUCGGCAAGGGCGUCGGCUACAACAGCGGAGCGACGUUCCGGUUCCGGUAGUGUUGGUGGCUUAGCGGGACAGAACGGUGGUGCCCGUCCAGCCGCUCACAAACUCACACAUCGUAAACAGCAUCAGCAGCAGCAGCAGCUGCCAGGGUUGCUACAUCAUUCCCAUCGAUUGAAUGGCAUUUUCAACGGAAAUGGUAAAGCUCCGCGACGACGGAUGCCUGGAGUGGAGACCGGUAAUGGUGCCGCCAACCGGCGACCGCCACAUCUUACCUUCACCGAUGAUUCCGCCGAUGAUGAGGACGACGAUGAAGAUGACGAGGAUAGCGAUGAGGAGGAUGAUGAUGACAGUGAUGAUGAGGACGAUGAUGAGGAUGUGAUGGCAGAGGCUGCUACGAUCCUGUCCAAGACGGCCCAGCAACGAUCGGCGGCUAGUGCCGAAGCCCGCCGGUAUCAGUGUGAUUUGUGUCCGCGGGCGUUUGCCCGGCCCGACUACCUGCGCUACCAUAUGCGUACACACGAGAAAAGCAAUUCCUUCGAGUGUAAGCUGUGUUUCAGCAUUUUCGCCUCGGAUCCGGCCUUCGCUCAUCACAUUCGAACCGAGCACGCCGGUAUGGGGCUUGCCGAUGCCCUACCACCGGUACCAGAAUCGGAAGCGAGCCGAGUCAUCUGCACGUAUUGUGAUCGGACGUUCGCGGAUGCGGAUCAACUCGAGGAUCAUCUGCACCAGCAGCAUCUCGGUGUGCGGCCGUUCAAGUGUAACAUGUGCCCGAAAGCGUUUAUCCGGAUGGAUUUUCUGCAGUGCCACUACGCCAAGUACCACAACUUUCAUCGGCUCAGCAUGAUGGGGAUGGGUGAUGGUAUUGGCGGUGGUGGUGGUGGUGGUGGCGAUGGCGAUAGAGGAGGAUUCGGUGGCCGAGGUGGAAGCGGUGGUGGAAUGAAUCAUCCGCUGGAUCCAAUCGAUCGAGCUGUUCAACGUGCGGCUCUGUGGAACAGUGGAUUUCUUGCCGGCAACCAAGGAUCCCAAGGAAGGCAGGACUCGUCGACGGGCAUACCAAGGUUGGCGGUACGGAAAAUGGAAGAUUUGCUCGAUGGUCCGAGAAGAAUCGUUUCCGGUUCCAUGGUCCCGGGGCUUUACUCGCGCAGAACAUCGCAUACGACGGGCACGACGAUUGGCAGCAGUUCGAGCGAAGAUAAUGAUGAGGACGACGAUGACGAUGACCUGAAGCUGGUGGUAGUGAUGGAAGAUGAUGAUGGCGAUGAUGAGGGUACGGACAGCAAUUUGCAACGGAAGCGGAAGCUCACGAACGGUGCUGCGCUCAGUGCGCGAUCGACAAAGAAGAAGAAGAGAGCAUCGAUCGGUACUGAGGUCGCUGGUGGGCCACAGUUACCAGUGGCCACCAUUCCACCGGUCGAAGAAGAAACUGGCAAGCAUCGGUGUCCGGUUUGUGAGCGACGGUUUGUCCAUGAACCGGAACUGAUGGCACACGUACGCGUACAUCCUGAUCUUCCCACCUACAAGUGUCCUCUGUGUGAGCUAACAUUCAUCGGAUCGGACUAUCUGAAGGCGCAUCUGAAGAAGCAUGUUGUCGGUGAUGGUGAAGAUCCGAAUGCACCCGGUGCGAUCGAUUUGAAAGCGCCCGCAGAGACGGUUUCGGCACCAGUUCCAGCACCUUCAUCUCGAACAUCCACUACGUCACCUGCACCGCCUGCUUUGAUCUCCAGCAAAUUCCCUAAGAUCGUGUCGAAAGUACCUUCAACGGGCAUCUCAUUAUUGAAGCCACUAGAAGAACGGAAGCCACCUGAGCAGCAGCAUCAGCAACAACAGCAGCAUCAACCAUCCCAAGAGUAUUGCACCAAAACGGCCGAUGGCAAGUUCAAGUGUACCGUAUGCGAACGGCUCUUUUCGCACCAGCAAACGGUGCGGAUCCACUUCCGGAACCAUACGAACGAGAAACCAUACAAGUGUGCUUUCUGCACGGAAUCGUACAUCCGGUCAGACUAUCUCGAGCGGCACCUAAAGGUGCACUUCAAGGAUGGCGUUCUGCCAGCGAACGCGAUCGCCAGUAUGGCCGCGGCCGCAGCUCGUGAAGCGGCAGCCGCCGUAGCCCUCUCGAACGGUACUGGUGGAAGCCAACGGUCGUCUCUCCCGUCGUCACCAACACCACCACCAUUACUUACAUUGACGACCGCUGCGACAACUCCCGCGGCAGCAGCAGCAGCAGCAGCAGCAGCAACAACAUUGGCCGUGAAGGAGGAUGUGAAGCGGGAGGUAACGCCAUCGACGACACCAACACCGAAACCACUGAUCGGACGAGCUGGGCUCGCACCGGAGAACUAUCACUUUACCGAGUCGAACGAUGGACAGUUUGUGUGUAAGAUCUGUGACAAGGUGUUUGCGCAGGUGGCAUCGUUACGGAAGCACGCCCUGGCGCACAACGAGGAGAAACCGUUCUACUGUGAGGUAUGCGAUCGAUCGUUCAUUCGUGUCGACUACCUGAAGGAGCACUUCAAAUCGAAGCGUCACCUGCAGCUGGUUUCGGAAGGGCUGAUCGGGUUGCGGGAGGUCGAAGAAGACGAUUCGACCAUGGAUGGUGGCGGUGGAUCGUCCCGAUCCCGUACUGCUUCAUCGAAGCGUCGUAGCAAGCCGGCCGAUAAGAGGAAACCCACUGAUGCGCUGGCAGUCGCUAGUGAGGUCAGCGUAGAUGCGAUCCAUCCGACACUAGUGGCGGCCAACUGUAGCAAUAGCCGUUGCAGCAGCACUAGUAGCACGGGCAGUAGCGGCAGCAGCAGUAGCAGUAGUAGUAGCGGUGGUAGCAUAAGCCGUAGCAGUAGCGCCUGCGAGGUAGCGAUCAUCGAUCACACUCCUACGAAGUUGGUCGUCAAUAGUAACAGCAACAGCAACGGUGCGGUACAAACGCCACCCUCGGCAGGCGAACAACAUCCCCAGCAGCUGCUGCAGAAGACGACACUCGGAUCAGCGGGGACAACGCCCGAGUUUCAUCGGUCCGAUUACGAGCGUACGUCCGAUGGGCGGUACAAGUGUAAUCAGUGCGAUAAAACGUUCGUCACCGCGGUCACACUGAAGAUGCACAUCCGGUUGCACACGGGCGAGAAACCGUACAAGUGCGACAAGUGCGAUAAGGCGUUCAUUCGGUCUGAUUAUCUGAAGACGCACGAGAAAACGCACCGGCAGCAGUCGUUCCUUAGUUUGCUGGCGCUGACCUCGAAGGAACCGAGCACGGCCUCCGAGGCGGGCGAUGAUUCAGAUGUGGCUGAGGGAAGAACGGGCGUUACGGUGGGGAGCAUCGAUGAACAUCGCCACGAAGCGGUCAGCGGCCGAUCCUCGAUGGCAGCGGACAAUACUGAUGGGGAGCAGCAGCGGCUUUCAGCGGCCAUGAAGUCGAUGAUCAAGCGAGAAGGGCAGCGCGAUGGAGGCGAGGAGCAAGAAGAGGACGAAGAUGAGGAGGACGAAGAGGACGGCGAUCCUUCGGAAGACAGUGAAGAAGACGAAGAAGAAGACGAAGAAGAAGAGGAGGAUGGUGGUGCGCAGGUCAUCAAAGUAAUGGUCAAAGAGGCGAGUUGCUCGGAAAGCGAAAAUGAGGACGAUGUGGACGAGGAAGAUGAGGAGGAAGGCACGGGUGAGGAAGCAGAAGAACGGAUCAGCAGCCGAAGCAAAAAGCAUUUCAACGCCAGCAACAGUACAAUUGAUCUUCCAGAUCGCGAAUCAGUCAAUGCCAGCUUGCUGCAGCGUAAUCGAGCACAGCCACAAUCGGGUCGCGAGGUAGCGGGAGCAAAGGAGGCACGGGCCAGUUUCCACAGUAACCGCAGCAUUGUGAGUGGCGGAGAAAGUAGCAACAAUGGUUACGAUGAUCACGACGAGGAUGACAGUGCGUCGCAGACGAGCGACGGGCAACGACUGGCGAAUGGUGGUGGCGGUAGUUACUGGGCGCAAAGCGGUUCUCCAAGGCCGGACAAGCACAGUUGCCCCACGUGCCACAAGCUGUUUGCGUGGCCGAAAUCCCUGAAGAUCCAUAUGCGCACGCACACCGGCGAGAAGCCGUACCGGUGCGACGUGUGUGGCAAGUGCUUUGGCCGAUCGGACAGUUUGCGAGGCCACAAACGGACGCACUCCGAGGAGCAACAGCACCAGCGGAUUGUACAGUGCCAUCUGUGUGAUUUGUGUUGUACCAGUGGCGAAGAGCUGGUGCAGCAUCAGCUCGCGGCCCACGGUAUUGAACCGCUAGAGUGCUAGGCGGCAGGCAGCGAAGAUAACUAAGCAGCAAGCUCGAUAAGGUUUAAUUAACGUAUAGUAUCGCUAUGUAAUCAGGUCGUUUGUAGAAUCGACCUACGGUCGAAUGAAAAGAAUGAAAAAAGAAAAUGGUGUAAUUGAAAUGUAAAAAUAGUGUAUCCCAUUCGUACUUAGCAGCUAGUACUUGAUCAUGCACAACCCACGAUAUAGGUUUAAUAAAUAGUAUUAAUACAAUCUUGACCA